UUGCUACCCGUGUUCACAGACCGCUAGCAACUCCGGCAUCCUUCGUAGCUCUGCUUUAGAGGGAGGAAGACGAGAGACCCUCCCUCGUAGAAAGCCCCUUUCUCCCGUUGCUGCUUUUCCCGGCUGGAGCUAUUUCCCCUCUUUCAGCUUCCUCUUAUUUAACAAUGUUUUCUCAGUUCGUGCAGUGACUUUAAAAACAAAACUCAACUGAACUUGCCUCACAUGGUGAAAGGGAGACCUGGAAAGCUGCGGAUGGGUGAGACGAUCUAAAGCACUUCUCUUUUCUCCCCCCCCCCCCCUUUUUUUUUUUCGUUUAGGGAACUUAAAGGGAAGGCGCUGCCCCCUUGGAACAAGGCAAGCGAAGGGAAUUGCAUCCGACGCUUUUCGUUGUUAUUAUUGCUGCAAACCCAGGAAGGUUGUGCGCUUCUUUUGUCUCUGCACCGAAACUCUGUAGCAUUCGCCUAGCUGCAGGGAAUUCCCUCCGUCGGGUGGUGGAAAUGGCUUGGCUCCGCUGGGCUUUCCUGCUUGGUGCGUGUGCCGUUUUGUGUCCGGCGCUCGAGGCUUCGGAGAAGAGAAAGCUGAGGACGGUCACCUAUGUGCUGCGCCCCGGUCAGUCGGGCGCGUCUGGCAGCCGCAGCCGGCAAAGUGGAGGGCAGCAGCGCACGUUCAAUGUGGAGCUGCUCAACGCCCGUUACAGCAGCACCCGCCGACGGAGCAGCAGCACCUUGGAGCGAACUCGCAGGAUGAGCAAAGGAAGCAGCGUUCAGUUGCGUUUGGGCCCUACCGUGCAACUCCAGCACAAGCCUGCCAGCGGCCACACGGCCGCCGCCUCCUUCAGCAAAGUGGGCAAGCACGUCGCACGUUCCAAGCUCCAGCAGCGCCAGAGCAACAGCACCUCCAGCGCGCAGGUUCACUCCAAGCCCCAUCUGCAGCAGUUGCAGGGGGUGAAUGUCUGUGGAGGGCAGUGCUGUCAUGGCUGGAGCAAAGCUCCUGGCUCUCAGAGGUGCACCAAACCUAACUGUUCACCGCCAUGCCAAAAUGGAGGGAUGUGUCUGCGACCACAGCUUUGUGUGUGUAAACCAGGGACAAAAGGCAACAUUUGUGAGGAUGCAACUAAGCAAGAAACAGUUUCGCCUGUUGGACCAGGUCCUGUAACUCCAUCAUGGCCUAUUCCUCAACGGUCUGGUCAGCAGACAUUUUCAAAGAAAGUGCAUGUGCAACAAAAAGUCAAUCCCAUGGCUCAAAUGACUUUUACACUCAAGCAGAAACCUUCUGGACUGGCACAGCAAAUGCAGUCACAAAUGAUACCGCUUUCUUCUCAAACUGUGAUGAUGAAUGUGCAUCAUGGCCAAACACAGCAAUAUGUUAUCAAGCCCAAGUACUAUCCAACAAAGAAAGUUAUUUCAGGAGAACAAUCUACAGAGAGUUCAUUGCCUUUAAGAAUGAAUCAGGAUCAGCUUACAUCACCUCUCCAGUUGGGAAAUCACACGGGACGCAUCAAGGUGAUCUUUACACCCAGCAUCUGCAAAGUGACCUGUAAAAAAGGCACCUGUCAGAACAGCUGCGAGAAAGGAAACACCACAACACUGAUUAGUGAAAAUGGGCAUGCUGCUGAUACCCUGACAGCACCCAACUUCCGAGUAGUUAUUUGUCAUCUUCCUUGUAUGAAUGGAGGCCAGUGCAGUUCAAGAGAUAAGUGUCAAUGCCCUCCUAAUUACACUGGUAAGCUUUGUCAGAUCCCAGUGCAGAGUGGCAGUGCUCCAAAACUGUACCAUAAUCCACAGCAAGCAAGUAAGGCCGUGGGAUCACAUGUCAUCCAUUCCACGCAUACUUUACCACUGACUAUGCCUGGGCAGCAAGGAGUAAAAGUGAAAUUUCCUCCUAACAUUGUGAACAUUCAUGUGAAACAUCCCCCUGAAGCUUCAGUGCAGUUUCAUCAAGUUUCAAGGAUUGAUAGCACCUCAGCAGGACAGAAAGCCAAGCCAAAGCCCUCCCAGUCAGGACAUUCCCAGGUUUAUCAAAGUCUGCCAUUUCAGAAGAAGAUACAUUCAACCUACACACAGCAGCAGCCUAUUUCUCAUAUGUACCCUAUUUCUGCUAAAACUCAGCUUGGACGAUGCUUCCAGGAGACUAUUGGGACACAGUGUGGUAAGGCACUCCCUGGUCUUUCAAAGCAAGAAGAUUGCUGUGGGACUGUGGGUACUUCCUGGGGUUUUCACAAAUGUCAAAAAUGUCCAAAGAAACCAGCUUUUCCUGGAUAUAGCCCAGUAGUGGAUUGUCCACAAGGUUACAAGAGAAUUAAUGCUACUUUUUGUCAAGACAUUAAUGAAUGCCAGUUGCAAGGGGUAUGCCCUAAUGGUGAGUGUUUGAAUACCAUGGGCAGCUAUAGGUGUACCUGCAAAAUGGGAUUUGUGCCAGACCCUACUUUUUCCAGAUGCAUUCCUGAUAAUUCCAUGGUCACUGAAGAGAAAGGGCCCUGCUACCGGUUUGUCAGUGCAGGAAAGCAGUGUAUGCACCCUCUCUCUGUUCAGCUCAGCAAGCAGCUCUGCUGUUGCAGUGUUGGCAAGGCCUGGGGCCCCCACUGUGAGAAAUGUCCCCUUCCAGGAACAGCUGCUUUUAAGGAAAUCUGCCCUGGUGGAAUGGGCUAUACGGUUUCUGGCUCUCACAGAAACAAGCUAUAUCAUCACCCUGCAGUUAGAAUUCAGCCACCUGUCAUUGGCAAGACCCAGAUUACUCAACAUGUUGCUAAAGGUACUUCUCCUCCACCUCUCCCAGCAAAGGAAGAGCCAGUGGAGGCACUGACCAUCUCACAGAAAAGUGAGCCCGAGGUGGCUGUGCGAGAAGUGGGAACUGCAGCCCCAGAUCAGGAAUUAGUUUCACUUGAUGACCGAGAAAAACCUAUAGUACAGCCUGGUCAACCUCAACUUUCUCCUGGGAUUUCAACUAUUAACCUGCAUCCACAAUUUCCAGUAGUAGUUGAAAAAACUUCUCCUCCCGUGCCUGUUGAAGUUGGCCCAGAUGUCUCUACUUCAAGCGCUAGUCAAGUAAUAGCACCAACUCAAGUUACAGAAAUUAAUGAGUGCACAGUGCAUCCAGGAAUCUGUGGAGCAGGACAUUGUGUUAACUUGCCUGUGGGAUUUGCCUGCUUCUGCUAUGAUGGAUACAGGCUUAAUGAACAAAUAAUGUGUUCUGAUAUUAAUGAAUGUACUCAGAAUCCCAACCUCUGCUCCCAUGGGCAGUGUGAAAAUACAGAAGGAAGCUUCCUGUGCAUUUGCCAGGCAGGAUUCAUGGCCAAUGAACAAGGAACAGACUGUGUUGAUGUAGAUGAAUGUGCUAGACCUCACACCUGUGGAGAAGGUCUCUGUGUAAAUACCGUUGGUUCAUACAGAUGUGAAUAUUGUGAAAGUGGAUUGCGCAUGAACAGAAGAGGCCAGUGUGAAGAUAUUGAUGAAUGCUCAAUUCCACAUACUUGCCCGGAUUCAGAGUGCAUUAAUACACCUGGCUCUUACCAAUGUGUCCCUUGUAAAGAUGGAUUCAGGGGCUGGAAUGGGAAGUGUCAUGAUAUAAAUGAAUGUCAGUAUAGCAGUCUCUGUACCAAUGGCCAGUGUGAAAAUCUAGAGGGAUCUUUCCGAUGUCUCUGUAGCCAAGGUUAUCAAUUGUCCGCAGCAGGAGAUCAGUGUGAAGAUGUCGAUGAAUGUCAGCAGCAGCAGCAGCUCUGCACAAAUGGACAAUGCAGAAACAUAGUUGGAUCCUACCGCUGCAUUUGUGGCCAAGGUUACCAGUUGUCAGCUACAAAAGACCAUUGUGAAGAUAUUAAUGAAUGCCAAGAAGACAGUGAUGUUUGUCGUGGAGGGAACUGCAUUAAUUCUAAAGGUUCUUAUGAGUGUACUUGCCCAGAAGGCUUCCAGCUAAUUCCCUCCAGGGGUUGUCAAGAUAUCAAUGAAUGUGCAGGAUCCAAUCUCUGUUUACCUCACGGGGAAUGUAUAAAUACAGAGGGCUCUUUCUACUGCAUUUGCGAAGAUGGUUUUACUCUUUCAAGGGAUGGCCAAUCAUGUGAAGAUGUGGAUGAAUGUUUCAACAACACUGUGUGUGGAAGUCACGGUUUCUGUGAAAAUUCACCUGGCUCCUACGGCUGCCUUUGUUAUCAGGGUUAUCAGUAUCUACAGGAUGGGAAAGGCUGUGUGGAUGUGAAUGAAUGUGAAAUGCUGAGUGGAGUAUGUGGAGAAGUCCUCUGCGAAAAUGUGGAAGGUUCCUUCCUUUGUCUGUGUUCUGACGAAAACCAGGAAUAUGACCCAAUGACUGGACAGUGCCACUUCCGAUCCUCAACAGGUUUACCAGUAGAUACAAAAGAACUAGCAGAUGAGAAGAAGGAAUGUUACUACAAUUUAAAUGAUGCAAAUUUUUGUGAUAAUGUUCUAACAUCCAAUGUUACAAAACAAGAAUGCUGCUGUACUUUGGGUGCUGGCUGGGGUGAUAACUGUGAAAUAUUCCCAUGUCCUGUGCUUGGAAGUGCUGAGUUUACUGAACUGUGCCCUGAAGGGAAAGGGUUCAUACCCUCUGAAGAGACUUCUUACGGAGCCAUUGCACCAAGUUACAAAGAUGCUGAUGAAUGUCAACUUUUUGGCCAAGAAAUAUGUAAGAAUGGCUUCUGUUUAAACACACAGCCCGGCUAUGAGUGUUACUGCAAACAAGGCACAUACUAUGACCCUAUAAAACUCCAGUGCUUUGAUACAGAUGAAUGUCAGGACCCCAACAGCUGCAUAGAUGGCCUUUGUAUCAACACUGAAGGAUCUUACAGUUGUUUCUGCACCCACCCAAUGGUUCUAGAUUCUACAGAAAAGCGCUGCAUUAGACCAGCUGAAUCUAGUGAACAAACUGAAGAAGAAACAGAUCUUCAUCAGGAUCUUUGCUGGCAACAUCUGAGCGAUGGUGUUGUUUGCAGCCGGCCUCUUGUUGGAAAGCAAACUACUUACACUGAGUGCUGCUGUUUAUACGGCGAAGCUUGGGGCAUGGAGUGUGCACUGUGCCCAAUGAAGGACUCAGAGGAUUAUGCCCAGUUGUGUAACAUUCCAGUUCCUGGAUCUCGGAGGCCAUAUGGACAAGAUGCGUUGGUUGACUUAGAGGAAGAACGCUACACUCCAGAAGCUAACCCAUACUUUGUGGAAGACCGUUUCCCAAACAGCUUUGAGGAGUUACAAGCAGAAGAAUGUGGCAUUCUGAAUGGAUGUGAAAACGGGCGCUGUGUAAGGGUUCAGGAAGGGUAUACCUGUGACUGUUUUGAUGGCUAUCAUCUGGACAUGGCCAAAAUGACAUGUGUUGAUGUGAAUGAAUGUGAUGAACUGAACAACAGAAUGUCUCUCUGCAAAAACGCCAAGUGCAUUAACACUGAAGGAUCAUACAAGUGUUUGUGCCUCCCUGGUUUUGUCCCCUCAGACAAGCCCAACUACUGCACACCCCUGAACUCAGACACAGAUAGUGAACUGGAGUAAGAGAAGCAGUGGCUGCCGUGUAACUUUAAGCCCAUAUACUCUGCACUGUAUAAAGAAAAGGAAGAGAGAAGCAUAUUUAACUUGAGUCAAGGAUACUCCUAAUCCAGAGGUUGGAUGCACAUGGAAGAAAGCAAUAAAACGUGUCUUCUUAAAAGUGAAUGGUGAUGGUUUAAUAUACAUCAUCUUCACCAAAGCAACAGACCAAAAGGACACAUUUCCUGAAUGGAAGAAGUAAUUAAGUAUACCGUGUGUUCAUAAAUAAAAUUCAUGAGAAUAAGCAAAAUGUGCUGUUAUUUUGAACAGAAUGGUGGAUUUUGUUUCUGUUUUUCUUUUUUACUAUUGCUUGGUUUAUUUGGCAUUUAAUUAGUUGUGAAAAUAUUUUAUAGUACUUUUUAUUUAGCAGUUCUUUGCCUACAGUUCCUUUGGAAGCUUUUCCUCCUUUGAUACAGAUAUUGUAAUACAAGCAAUUUUCUAACCGUGGUUAUACACAAAAUAAUGCUCGUCUUUGUCUGGAACAUUGGCCAGUGACUUUUUAAAAAUUGCUCAACGUCUGCCCUGUGGAGCAGGUACUGUUCUUUAAAAUAAUGUACAGUUCAUGGGGAGAGAUCCUUUGUAUUCAUUUUGUAUUCCAUGUGGCCUUUUACUGCACUUAACAUGCCUUAGAACCUGCCUUGCCAAGUUUCAAAGCUGCUAGAGGAUGACCAUUGGAUAUCUUUUGUAAACUGCAACAAAAGAUCUGAGCUCCUGUUUGUAUUGUAAUGUGUAAAUUGAACACAGAUUGUGUACUGGUUACCCUAACAUAUUAAAGCUGUAUAUUAAAACUCAAUAAAAUCUACUGUUUUUUAGAAAA